CACAACUCUCCAUCCAAUCAAUCGAUCGCAAACUGCCGACGACAGCUGCCCAGUCGCAAACUGCGACCACUCAACAGUCCACCACAACUGCCCGUGCCUCGCAAGGAACUCCAUCAUCAUCAACUCCGCCCGCUCUGCCCGGACCCAUAUCAUCACACGCACGCGGACACCCAAAGUGUGGAGAUUUUGCCUCCGCCCUUACCGUUCGCAGCUCCCGCCUCCCGUCCCAAGAAGUGCAACUCCACACCUGCAGUGCCCCCGGAUUCCCCGUUCCAGUCAAUCAGUCAGUCAAUUGAGUAAUCGGGGGUUGUACCUUACUGUCAUCAACAACCCAACAACUUCAAAUCUUAACAUUCGACUCGACCAUCUGGCGGCACAACCCACCCCCGACUUGCCUUGUCGCAACUUCAACCUCGCCACCUCAACCUCCCGAAAAUCGAUCGCGCACCACCGAAACCACCACAAACAACAAAAAUGCCAGCCCCCACGAUCCUUCGCGCCGGCGCCCUCGCUUCCCGGCGCGCAUUCAGCACCUCCCGCGCCGUCCGCAGCGGCGGUGCCCCGCACUACGAUCCCCCCAGCGGCUGGCUCUUUGGCGUCAGGCCGGGCGAGGAGUACAAGAGGGAAGGGUGGGAGAUCCCCUUCUUUUAUGGGUUCUGCGGCAGCUUUGCUGUUGCCACGAUUGCGUAUGCUUUCAAGCCUGAUACUUCCAUCCAAACGUGGGCUCUCGAAGAGGCUCGUCGCCGACUAGAGGCCGAGGGUAUCCUCGAGGAUCCGCACCCCGAGAAGUAAACGUCAAAAAAGUGCCAUGUUUUGUAUCUGCGCCCAUCAACCGCUUAUUCGUCAGCGUAUACAAACAUCAAGGAGAACAACACCAAUAAUCCAACGAUUACCUUUUUUUCGGAAUUUGGGAUACUAGGAAAUAGUCGAGUCGAGCCGCGAAACAGUCAAGACCAACAACGAUAAAACAGUUAGCAACAGAAAAAACAAUGAAAGUAGGGACCGGUUACACAGGACGGCCUUUUUACACCACCAUCACCACCACCACCACCACAAGUCUAGACGGAUAAAUGAGGGAGGGAGUUGAGAAAGCCAUCAGGGUCUCGGGAAGACAUGGUGUGAGUUGAGCGAAGGAGAGCGGGAAACAGGGAUAUUUAAAGGGAGGAUCACUUUCUGGGCUGGGCUGGUCUGGGCUGCACUGCUUGAACGAUGGAAUUGAUCAUUUAAGAAAGAAACAUAUAUUCCCCUUCCCCAACCCAACUUAUCCUUUUCAACUGUAUACAUGUCGCUCUUUUGGUCAGGGCGGUAGGUUGCUUUUUCGGGUUGCAAUAUUAUGUUUGCUUGUCUGUUGUACUAAAAGGGGGUUGUUGGGUGAAUAGACUGAAGAUGCGGAUUUAUUCUUGAUAGACGGUGGUGGAUUAUCUGAAGCUGUUUUCUCCUCUUCACCACCACAGACCCCAUAACAGUAUAAAUAGUAAGUGAGUACAUGGAACUGGUGAUGGUGA